CAUGUGAAUCCACGGGAGUCGUAGGCGAUGUUUGUGCGCGUGUAGAUUUUUGCAUUGGUUGUAUAGAAGGCUGGGGGUGCGGCGUCGUGGUCCACAUAGGCUUUGACAAUGAUUCUGUCUCGCCUGAAGCCAGCGGGAAAGAAGAAGAAAGAAGAGGAAGAAAAGCGAAAGAAGCAGCUCCCAAAGCUAGAAGAGUUCCUGUCCAACCGAGACUACACUGGAGCGAUUACAUUGCUAGAGUUCCACCGGAACUCGGAGCAGGGCAGCAGUGAUGUCGACCAGUGGAUUGCCUACUGCGCCUUUCACAACGGCGACUACAAGCGCGCCUCGCAGGAGUAUGAGUCCAUCACGAAGAAGGAGAAGAAGGUGAAGCCCGAGCUCUGGCUCAACCUGGCCGUCUGCUACUUCUACCUCGGCAUGUACCAGGAGUCGAAGGAGGCGGCUGAGAAGGGACCGAAGACCAGCAACCUGAAGUCGCGCCUACAGUUCCACCUGGCGCAAAAGUUCAACGACGAGAAAGAGCUGAUGACGUUCCACCAGCAGCUGAAGGACGUGAUCGAAGACCAGCUGUGUCUGGCGUCUAUCCACUACCUUCGCAGCCACUAUCAGGAAGCUAUUGACAUCUACAAACGCAUUCUGAUCGACAACAGGGAGCACCUGGCUCUGAACGUGUACGUGGCCAUGUGCUACUACAAGCUGGACUACUACGACGUGUCGCAGGAGGUGCUGGCCGUCUACCUGCAGCACUUCCCAGACUCGGCCAUCGCCAUCAACCUCCGCGCCUGCAACCACUUCCGGCUGUACAACGGCAAGGCGGCCGAGCAGGAGCUGAAGUCGCUGCAGGACCAGAGCAGCGCCGGCUUCACGUUCGGCCAGGACCUGAUCCGCCACAACCUGGUGGUGUUCCGCGGCGGCGAUGGCGCCCUCUCCGUGCUGCCCGACCUCGUCGACGUCAUCCCUGAGGCGCGGCUCAACCUCGUCAUCUACUACCUGAAGCAGGACGAGCUGCAGGAGGCCUACGACCUCAUCAAGGACCUGGAGCCCACUGUGCCGCAGGAGUACAUCCUCAAGGGCGUUGUCAACGCCGCCAUGGGACAGGAGACGGGCUCGCGCGACUACCUGAAGGUGGCGCAGCAGUACUUUCAGCUGGUGGGCGGCUCGGCGUCCGAGUGCGACACCAUCCCAGGAAGGCAGUGCAUGGCGUCAACGUUUUUCCUGAUGAAGCAGUUCGAGGACGUGCUGUUGUACCUGAGCUCCGUGAAGACGUACUUUCCCAACGACGACUCGUUCAACUUCAACUAUGCGCAGGCCAAGGCGGCCACGGGCGCGUUCGCCGAGGCGGAGGAGACGUUCCUGCUCAUCCAGAGUGAGAAGAUUCGCAGCGACUACGUCUACCUCUCCUGGCUUGCCCGAUGCUACAUCAUGAACCGCAAGGCGCGGCUGGCCUGGGAGCUCUACCUCAAGAUGGAGACGUCGGCCGAGUCGUUUUCGCUGCUGCAGGUCAUCGCCAACGACUGCUACAAGAUGGGCCAGUUCUACUACUCCGCCAAGGCCUUCGAUGUGUUGGAGAGGCUGGACCCCAACCCCGAAUACUGGGAGGGUAAGCGCGGCGCCUGCAUCGGACUGUUCCAGAUGAUCAUCGCCAACCUGGAGCCCAAAGAGAGCCUGGGAGACAUUCUGGCUCUGCUAAGGAAUACGCCGAACCCGCAAGUGGAGCCCAUCAUAGGGGUGAUGAAGAACUGGGCGAAGGACAACAGGAUCCCGCUGUAACCGUCGGGUCCGCUGGCUGGCGUCCGUGUGACCCCGAGUGGUGGCGCCGGCCGCCGCCGACUGUGUCGCGUCCGGCCGUGGGCUACACACACGGGCUGG